AUGAUUACUGUCAUCCUACUGGUUGCUCGUGUACCACCUCUUCACCCUCCCGUCGGUCCGCCUGUCGAAAAAGCUGCUCCGGAUGUCGAGCUAGAUGUGGAGAAGGCCAUCUGCAUUGUCGAAGCUACACCAGAACAUCGCACUGCACUCGUCAUCCCAUGUCACAAUAGUGACCACGAAGCUACCAGUAAGGUACUCAAGAGCGCCUUCGUUCACUUCCGACCUCAAGACAUCUUCGUCGUCGACAAUGGCCGCACUAGGCACCCGGUCUCCCCCGAGUUCCGUAACUUCAUUCGAAGCGAGCAUCCCGACAUCAACUACAUUUGGUCGCCGAUUGGUAGCAAGAACGCCGCACAACUCGUUGGUGCCAUAGCGGCCAAGGACUACGACUGGAUCAUGACUGUUGACGAUGAUGUCUCCAUCCCAGCGACCUUCCGUCCACCGAUCGACAAGAUGGACGACAUAACGAAGGGGUGUGCCUUCCCUCUCAAAGCUGUUGAUGCCAACGGUGACGUGCCACUCUGCCUCGUGGCAUGGCAAGACUGCGAGUAUAAGAUGAGCGGUCUCACCAAGCUUGCUGAGUCGUCCAUCUGUGGCGUGUUGUACCCACAUGGUGCAGGCUGGUUCUGCGAAAGAGAUACACUCAUCGAUCUCAUUAGCAACUACCACUCCAUCGACUUCAUCGCAGAAGACGUCAAUACAGGCCUUUCGAUGCAGAAGAUGAAGAAGCGCAUUGCCUUUGAUGCAACAUGCGUGCUCGAGACCGAAGUUCCAACCACUGUCCUUGGGCCAGUUCUUAACUGGUGGAAUCAACGAUAUCGUUCAUGGGAAAUGGGUCGUCAUGGUCGUCUCAUCGCUUUCGCAGACCGCAUGCUACUUUCGCUCAACGGACAGACAACGCCUUGGGGUAUCUUCACCCAGAAGUUCAUUCACCUAUACUCCAUCGCUACCAUCAUCGUUGACUGGGUGCGCAUUCCCGUCUUCGCCACAAUGGGCGGCGAUCCAAACUUCUGGCGACUUGGGGUUCCGCUCAUGCUCGCUGCCACUCUACCCAUUCUGGCCUUCAAAUACUUCAAUGCGCGGCACCGACCUGAUCUCCAACCCCGGUUCUGGGCUGCAAUGACCUACCCUUUGUACAAACAACUUUACAGUCUUGUAUCGAUCUUCGGUGCUAUCCGUGCUGUUAUCUUCUACGCUGGAGGCCACAAGAAACCAAAGACCAUCAAGAAGAUGAUCAAGGAUAAUGAUCCUAAUGCCGUGUGGCUUGAUCCUCGCUUCGAGAAUAAUCCAGCUUAUCUCGCUGAUGAGGCCGAGGCUCUUCUCGCUGCUGCGAAGGAAGACGCUAGCAAGAAGGUGCCUGCUUCCGUGUACAUAUCACCGGCUUCUCCGUAAUGGGGCGCGUAUGGGGAGCGAAGCGCGAAGUAGACACUUACUCCAUUGGGCGUUCCGGAGGAUCUUUUGCUCACAUUUCGACUGCAUAGAACGAUACC